AUGGCAUUGAGGCUCAUCUCGAGUUUGAGAGAGCUUGACCUGGGAGGAAAGAAACGCCAGGAUUCAGGAGUGAGAUUCAUCUGUGCUGGACUUGAGAAUCCUCAAUGUAAAUUGGAGACACUGAGGCUGUCAGGCUGCAGCAUCACAGAGGAAGGCUGUGCUUCUCUUGCUUCAGCUCUGAGGUCAAACCCCUCCCACCUGAAGGAGCUGGACCUGAGUGGAAAUACUCCAGGAGUCUCUGGAGUAAAGCUGCUCUCU